AUGGAGAAAAGGCAGAGAUCAGACUCUAAAGCUCACUGUUUGGUCUUCCCCUAUCCCAACCUACAAGGCCAUAUCAAUCCCAUGCUCCAAUUUUCUAAGCUUUUACAUCACAAUGGGGUCAAAGUCACAUUGGUUUCUACCCUUUUUGCCUACAACAAAUUAAUGCAAAACACAUCAGGAUGCAGUUAUAUUCCCCUAGAGACCAUUUCAGAUGGGCAUGACCAAGGAGGGAGUGCCCAUGCAGAGAGUGUAGACGCCUACUUGGAGCGCUUCUGGCAAGUGGGUUCACAAACUCUGGCUCAGCUCAUUGAGAAGCUUUUAAGCUCAGAAUACCCAGUUGAUUGUAUUGUUUAUGAUGCAAUGAUGCCUUGGUCUUUAGAUGUUGCCAAGAAAUAUGGGAUUCUUGGGGCUUCUUUCUUCACUCAAUCUUGUGCUGUGGACAGUAUUUUGUACCAUGUCCACAAAGGAUUGUUCACACUUCCUGUUGUUGAUGACCAGUCUGAAAUUUCACUUCCUGGGUUGCCACCACUUAAACUUUUUGACAUGCCAUCUUUUGUAUAUGAUUUUGGGUCUUACCCUGCCAUCUUUAAAAUGGUUGUGGGUCAGUUCUCCAAUGUCGAGAAAGCUGAUUGGGUGCUCUGCAACACAUUUUAUGAGUUGGAAAAACAAGUGGUAGAUUGGAUGGCUACAUUUCUGCCAUUGAAGACCAUUGGACCAACCAUACCAUCCCAUUACUUGGACAAGAGACUUGAGGAUGACAAACAAUAUGGUGUCAGCCUCUUCGACACCAACAAUGAUGCCUGCAUGAAAUGGCUAAAUGAGCAGCCAAAAGGGUCGGUUGCUUACGUCGCGUUUGGCAGCGCAGCACAACUUGGAGUUGAGCAAAUGGAGGAACUGGCUUGGGGUUUGAGGAGGAGCAAAAGCAAGUUUUUGUGGGUGGUUAGAGAAGCAGAAGCAGCAAAGCUCCCAAAAGGGUUUGUGGAGGAGACAUCAGAGAAGGGUUUGGUGGUUUCAUGGUGCCCCCAGCUUGAGGUUUUGGCAAAUGAGGCUGUUGGGUGCUUCAUAUCACAUUGCGGUUGGAAUUCUACUUUGGAGGCCUUCAGUUUGGGGGUGCCAGUUGUGGCAUUGCCACAAUGGACUGACCAAAGCACAAAUGCCAAGUUUAUUAUGGAUGUGUGGAAAAUUGGGGUCAAGGCUUUGGCUGAUGAGAAGGGGGUGGUUAGGCAGGAAGAAGUAGAGCACUGCAUAAGUGAAAUAAUGGAGGGAGAGAGAGGGAAAGAAAUGCAAAGGAAAGCCCUUGAGUGGAAAGAAUUGGCUAGAAAGGCAGUGGAUGAAGGUGGAAGUUCAAGCAAUAAUAUUGAUGAGUUCAUUUCAAAGCUGGUCUUAUCAAGAGAGAAAAGGUGUGCUUGUGAAAAAUAG